AUGCUCAUAGAUGAUAAGAUCAGUGCCCUCAUUGUAGUAGCUAGUGUCAAUGUUGAACCUUUCUGGUCUGGCUUGUUUGCAAAGGCCCUGGCCAAUGUCAACAUUGGGAGUCUCAUCUGCAAUGUAGGGGUAGGUGGAGCUGCACCAGUAGGCAGCUCUGCCCCCUCCACUGCUGCUGCCCCAGCUAAGGAGAACGAAGGGGAAGCAAAAAAGGAAUAA